AGCGGGCCGGAACAGUUUCUAGUGGACAGGAAGACGGGGAAAAAGUUCCAGCUGAAAAGCAGAAAGAGUUUGAUAGAAGACUUUGAAAAAGUGCUAGCCGAUCAGAAAAGGAAGAGUUGCUAGCGGACAGGAAGACGCUAAGAUGGAAGACACUAGCUUGGUGAAAGAGUUGGAAGUGUUACUAGCAGAAAGUGCAUGGAGGCGGACGCGGAGGCCGAGGGUGUCGUGGGCUCUCUGGACCUGAGCCACCUGACGGAGGAGGAGCAGGACACCAUCUUGCAGGUGCUGCUGCGAGACAUGGACCUGCGACGCCAAGACGAAGGACGCGUAAGGAUGCUGGCGCAGAGCAGAGCCGACCCGACGCAGCUGCACUCGCAGUCCGGGGCGUGGUUCCGCGAGGCGUCCGGCAGGCGGCACCGCGGCCGUAUGUCGGGCUCGGACCUGGUGUGCGCCACCAUACGCCGCCGCGCGCCAAAGGCCAACGCAACAGAGACGCGGAGGGUCGGACCGCUCAACGGCGAGGAGGCGGACCGGACGAGCAGCCCGUCCCCGGGGGUGGCCGAGACGCGACUGAGGGAGUCGGCGGAGGACAGCCCGGAGAGUCCAUCCAGUUUUGGCUCUGCGCCCAGUCGGAAAAGAACGGCAAAGAAGGAAGUGUAUAAGCAUUACAGGAGGGAGUCUGUGUCUCUGUGCAGCAUCCUGAGCGAGACUGAGCCUUUGUCUUUGCAAAAAAACAACUUUCACUCUAGCUAUACGCUGAGCGGCGGCAUGAUGAGUCUGUUCAGCUCGGGGGUGUUCGGCGUGGCGGAGGUGCGCGGCCGCGUGCAGUUCUCGCUGGCCUACGCCGGCCACAAGGAGGAGCUGCGCGUCAAGGUGCACCGCUGCGAGGACAUCUCGGCGGUGGCCGACGAGAACCGCUCCGACCCAUACGUCAAAUGUUAUCUGCUGCCCGACAUGUCGAGUCGCAGCAAGAGGAAGACGGCAGUGAAGAGGCGGACGCAGAAUCCCGUCUACGAGCAGACGCUCAAAUACAAAGUGCGCAGAAAUGAGCUGAAAAGUCGCACCCUGAACCUGUCCGUGUGGCACGCCGAGCCCCUGGCCCGGAACGUCUUCCUGGGUGAGGUGGAGGUGGCGCUGGGCCUCUGGGACUGGACCUGCACGCAGCCGCUCUGGCGGGACCUGCAGCCACGGUUCUGCUUGAUGCUCGACUGCGUCAGCAGCCGCGGCACCCUUUUGUUCUCCAUCAAGUUCAUCCCGGAGGGAUUUGAGAGUUGUUCGCCACUCACGGGGGAACUUCACAUUUGGCUUCAGGAGGCUCAGGGGCUGCUGUCUAAAAAAGGGGGCGCCGUCGACUCGUUUGUCAGAAGUUGCAUCCUGCCGGACGCCGGCUGCCAAAGCGGCCAGAAGACUCAGGUGGUGAAGCGCUCCGUCAGCCCGUCGUACAACCACACCAUGGUGUACGACGGCUUCCGGAGCAGCGACCUGCAGGAGGCCUGCGCCGAGCUGAGCGUGUGGCAGCGCGAGGGCUUCAAGAUGGACAUGAUCGGCGGGAUUCGCCUCAGCUGCGGGACCGGUGAGAGACCCUUUCGGCGGGCGCCGCACGGCGGGAGCGAAAACGUGGAAAUCAACGCAGCGUCUCGGCGUGCAGGUCGGAGUUACGGGGAGGCGGUCAAGUGGAUGGACUCCACGGAAGAAGAAGUUUCCUUGUGGACCUCCGUGAUCAAGAACCCAAACCACUGGAUCGAAGCCACGCUGCCCAUCAGGACCAACCUGACGCGCCGCUCCUCCGAUUGACGACGUGCGUGCGUGUGGGCACGCGGACUGAAAACAUUUGCUACAUGGCGCUUUUUAAAUCAUUUCUCUCAAAGUAGAUCUUGUACAGUAAAUGAACAGAGCAGAUCAACGCUUGUGUGUUCUCGUUUUGUUGUUCUCAUAUUACAGCUGUGACCAUGUGAUCUCCUUCUGUCAUAACGAAAUAUGAAACCUGUUUUUCCUGCCUACGCAAAGGUCAAUCAAUGUUUAAAACGCAAAAUCAUAUUCAAAUAGAUUUUUAGUAAUUCAAA